AUGAGGCUGGCCGCCGGCUCCCUGCUCCUGUGGCUGAGCCUGGGGGGCGGCCUGGCCCAGAGCGAGGACACGGGCCCCGCCGCCAGCCCCGCCGCCAACGCCGCCGAGUCCUACUCGGACUGGGGCCUCCGGCACAUCCGGGGCGGCUUCGAGUCCGUCAACAGCUACUUCGACUCCUUCCUGGAGCUGCUGGGGGGCAAGGAUGGCGUCUGCCAGUACCGGUGCCGCUACGGAAAGGCUCCCAUGCCCCGGCCCCACUACAAGCCGCAGGAGCCCAACGGCUGCAGCUCCUACUUCCUGGGUCUCAAGGUACCAGAAAGUAUGGACUUGGGCAUUCCAGCCAUGACCAAGUGCUGCAACCAGCUGGACGCCUGUUACGACACCUGCGGUGCCAACAAGUACCGCUGUGAUGCAAAAUUCCGAUGGUGCCUCCACUCUAUCUGCUCAGACCUCAAGCGAAGUCUGGGCUUCGUCUCCAACGUGGCAACAUGUGAUUCUCUGGCUGACACCGUGUUUAAUACCGUAUGGACCCUGGGCUGCCGACCCUUUAUGAAUAGUCAGCGGGCAGCCUGCAUCUGCGCAGAAGAGGAGAAAGAAGAGUUAUAG